AUGGGGGCUGGGGGAGGCAGCUCCUCGCCGCUGGCCCGAGGCCUGGGGGGGCGGGGUGGACGCAACCGUCACCAGGACCCGCAGCACCUCAUUGGUGAAGGGCCCCCACCCGAGCCCCGUCGUCAAGGCAACCGCAUCCCCGGCGGAGACCCGGAGGGCUCGGGCCGGCUCACCCCGGAUAAUCCCCCCGCCGCCGGCUGCGCCCCAUUAGCCGCCGAGGGAGGCCAAGGGAGGCCCCGGGGAGCCGCGCCGGUCCGGCUUUGCACGCCCUUCCCCAAAGGGGGUGGGGUGGGAAUCGGGUCCGGGGCCCCCUCCCAGAGCCGCUACGUCCCUGCUGGGCCCGGCCCAUCCCCUUCCGCGCUGACACUUCCCUCCGCCGGCCCCGCUCUCCGUUCCAGAGGCCCCUCCACCCCAAAUAAAGGGAGGCGGGGCGGGAGUUGGACGAAGCUCGGGGUACGAUGGCAGGGCCUCCUGUCCAGCCGAGCGGGCCCGGGGCGGCGGCAGCUCCCGGGGCGGGGUGGCCCGGCCGGCCACGGGUUCGGGGCUCCGCAGGGCGCCCCCGAUAGGAGGGGGCGGGACGGGCCCCGACGGCGCCCCAAAUCUGCAAACCUUCCCCCCACCUCCAAGUUCUGGGGCAGCCACGGCCAGCGGGGCUGGGCCGGGGUCCGGCUGCAGAGAAAGCGCCCCGAGGGCGCGGGCAAGCGCGUGCACGGCGGGGGCACUGCCCCCUCCCGGCCCCCUUCCGGGUUCGGGCAGCGCCCGGGCCGGGAGCGCAGGUCUGGGGAGUUACGUCCGCUCCCGAGAGGCCAGAGCUGGGCGGCGGCAGGAAGAGCCGGGGCCGCGGAGCUACCUGUGGCGGUGAGACUCUGCGGAGGGUCUCGCGGCGCAGCGCGGCCGGAGUGUCUUCCUCCGCGGCGGAGGCGGCGGCGGCGGCGGCGGCGGCGGCGCGGAUGGAUUCCUCAGGCCCCCGGCCGGCCGUCCAGCGCUGCGCUCCCCAGAGCGGAGGGAUCCCGCCCGCCAGUGACGCGGCCGCCGCCGCCGCCGCGCCCAGGGCCCGGCUGGGCGAGACCAACUCCGCCGCGGGCGGGGGGCGCCCGGAAGGCACAGCACCGCCCGACGGCCCGGGACGGGUUCCCAGCCCACCGAGGAUACCGCGGCACACGGUCCAGGCGCCAAGUGGACCCCAAGCAAGGCUUCGGUGCCGGGCGAAAAACAGAAAAAAAAGACAACCCUCCCCACACAUACACACCGAAGAGCCUGUCCCAGGAGCGUGACACUCCCAGGCCCCUCUACAUGCUGUCCCUGUGCGGCUGCAAAUGGCCAGGGCUGGACCUUCUGCUUUAGGCUGAGAGGCAGGCAUCCCGGGCCUCCGCUUUCAUGUCUGCACUUGCUCACACCUGACAGCCCCCUGCCCUGCAUCGUUUUGUGAGGAGGUCCCUGGCGACUGACUCUUCCCUGAAUACCUUACUUGCAAAAAUGAAAAGCACAAGACAGACACUCCUCUUCCAGCCUCCUCUGCGACGGGCAUUACAAAACAAAAACAGUUUCUGAAGCAGUGUUUAAAAGCAAAUAGGAACUACAACAAUAAAACAAGGGCAACAAAAGGGAAUAAAUAAAAUAAAUAUUAAAAAAUUUUUUAAAUA